AGGGGUGGGGAAGCCCCGGGGCGCCGCUGCCUCUUCCCUCGCCACGAGUCAGGCCGGACGGGACAGGGCGGGGUAGGGGGAGGCAGCUGGGUGUGCCUUCCGACUCCCGGCGCUUUGCUACCGCGCAUCCGGGACUCCCGAGCGGCGAAAAGUUCCGGGCGCCUCUGGCGCUGGGGUCGGGUGAGGCCGGGACCGCGCCGCCCCCUGCAGGGACAUGGAGCUGCUGUCGCCGCCGCUCCGCGACGUGGACCUGACGGGCCCCGACGGCUCUCUCUGCUCCUUUGCCACCGCAGACGACUUCUAUGACGACCCGUGUUUCGACUCCCCGGACCUGCGCUUCUUCGAGGACCUGGACCCGCGCCUGGUGCACGUGGGCGCGCUCCUGAAGCCGGAGGAGCACUCGCACUUCCCCGCGGCUGUGCACCCGGCCCCGGGCGCGCGCGAAGACGAGCAUGUGCGCGCGCCCAGCGGGCACCACCAGGCGGGUCGCUGCCUGCUGUGGGCCUGCAAGGCGUGCAAGCGCAAGACCACCAACGCCGACCGCCGCAAGGCCGCCACCAUGCGCGAGCGGCGCCGCCUGAGCAAAGUGAACGAGGCCUUCGAGACCCUCAAGCGCUGCACGUCGAGCAACCCCAACCAGAGGCUGCCCAAGGUGGAGAUCCUGCGCAACGCCAUCCGCUACAUCGAGGGUCUGCAGGCCCUGCUGCGCGACCAGGACGCCGCGCCCCCUGGCGCCGCCGCCGCCUUCUACGCGCCGGGCCCGCUGCCCCCCGGCCGCGGCGGCGAGCACUACAGUUUGCAGAUGGACUACAGCGGCCCCCCGAGCGGCGCCCGGCGGCGGAACUGCUACGACGGAGCCUACUACAGUGAGGCGCCCAGCGAGCCCAGGCCCGGGAAGAGCGCGGCCGUGUCGAGCCUGGACUGCCUGUCCAGCAUCGUGGAGCGCAUCUCCACCGAGAGCCCCGCGGCGCCCGCGCUCCUGCUGCCCGACGCGCCGCCGGAGUCGUCUCCGCGCCCGCAAGAAGACACAGUCCGUUUUUCCCACGCCCCACCCUUCCCGGACACUGGCUGCGAUGGCCGCUCUGUGGUCCUCGGUGGGCCACAUCUGAUCCUUGAGGGGCUAGGUCCUUCCUCUUUCUUGCUCCCUCCCUCAUGGGGCGGGGGGUGA